AAGCGGUGACUCACUCGGCAAGCAUUGUAGUGUUCGUUUUGUGUGUUGUUGUACAUGUAGGCCUACACCGUGCAAUUUUAGUCAGAGCAGCAAUGAGUAGUGCUGAAAGGAACUCAUAAUCGUAAUGUUUGUGCACAUCAUGUUUCCAACGAAGUGUCAUGGGUAUUUCGCACUAGGUGUUACGGUUUUGUGUACUGGCCGGUAACACAUUAGAAACGUGACCAGCAAGAUACUAUGUGACAGUCAUGUAAAGAGUUUAACUGUGCCAAUGCCAGGAAGUGAAAUAAUAAUGACUUCUUCAGAAGCAACUGAGUUUAUGAAGUCCCCAUUGGUGGAGUGGGUGAAGACGUUCAACACCAGCAAUGAGCUGCUCAUGUUUAGUGAUUUGUAUGAAGGAGUGUUCCUCAACGAUGUCAUGUUUCAGAUCGAUUCGCGGUUAUCGGACCGGGAGGGCCGGACGGUUGUGCGUGCGGUGGACAGCGUCAACGCGCGCAUCCAGAACUUUGACAUCCUUCUGCAGUCUAUCAAGAACUUCUACGAGGAUGUGCUGGAACAGACGAUAGUCAUGCAGCUGCCCAGCGUCGUCGCCGUCUGCAAGAACCCAGAUUCAGUGGCCGGAGUCAAGGAGCUGGAGCGGCUGCUGCUGCUGGUGCUCGGCUGCGCCGUGCAGUGCGACAAGAAGGAGGACAUGAUCGACAACAUCCAGAACCUCGACCUGUCCAUACAGCACGCGAUGGUCUCUUUCAUCCAGCAGGUGACGGACAACACAGAGAACUUGCUCACGCAGGAGUGGCAGGAGCUGGGAGAGUUCCCACAGGACCAACAGGAGCUCAUGUACAAGUCACUGUACGGCCUGUGUCGGCGACUAGUGCGAGAGCGGGACGACUUUCAGCAGCAAAUUCUCGAGCUGACUCUGUGCGCGGAGAAGCUAAUGACGCCCCCGAUCCACCCCGGCAGCAAGGAGGACUCGCACCACCUCGCCGUCGAGCUCGCCGACAGCAAGGCGAAGCAGCGCCGACUGCGGCAGGAGCUAGAGGAGAAAAUUGAAUUGUGCUCAGAAUUACAGGAGGAACUGGAUCUUUCAAAAGCACUCUCUACGAAAUUAAAACAAGAGAAUUUGGAGUUAAUCCAGGACGCGCGAUCAGCACGAGCCUACAGAGAUGAAUUGGACGUUGUGCGGGAGAAGGCGAGCAAGGUAGAGAAGCUGGAAGCAGAGCUGCUCAGGUUCAAGGAUAAACUCAAUGAGAUGGAAUUCUUCAAAGCGAGAUUCGAGGAGGUGAGGGAGGACAACCACAUUCUGCUGGAGACGAAGCACAUGCUGGAGGACCAGCUGAGCGCGAGCCACAAGCGCGUCGAGACGAUCAUCGACCUUGAGAACGACCUCAUGAAGUGCAAGGCGCAGAUCAGCGAACUCGAGGAGGAGCGUGAGGCGGACAAGGAUCGGCUGGAGCGGCUGACCGCGCAGAACAUACAGCUUCACUUCGACAAGACAAACUCGAUCAACGAGUCGGCGAACCUCGGAGCUGAGCUGGACGACGCUCGGCGCAUCUCUGCAGCGAAUGCUAGUUUCUGCGCGGAGAUGGAAUUCUUCCUGGACCGUGAACAAUUCACGAACUCCCUCUCGGAGCAGCUCGGCGAGUCGGCGAGUGGCGCCAUCUUGCGGCUGCAGCUGGAAAACAAGAGGCUGCAGCAGGCACUGAAGGACGCGCAGACAGGCGCCGCCGUCGAGACGAACGCCCGCGCGCUCGAGCUGGACAGCGAGAACAAACGGCUCAGCGAGAAGCUGGAGAAGCUGCAGAAGACGGUGAGCGAUGGGCACGCGGGCGCAGCUGGGCGGCUGGAGCAGAACGCCGACACGCCUGCUAACGCGACUCGAGCGCGAGAACAAGAGGCUGCACGAGGGCGGCCGCGGAGUCUGUCGCGCGCUGCGUUCCCACGCCGAGUACGAGUGCGAGCUGCUGGAGCGUCGCUGCGGCGACGCGGCGACGACGCGUCGCCCGCCGGCGUCGAGUUUGAGCGCCGAGUGCGAGCGGCUGGGAAAGAGGGGCGCCGCCGUGCGGAGGGCCGCCGAGAAGUGCGAGCGGGAGCGGGCCGCAACUCGAGGUGGAUCAACCGCAAGCUGGCGAAGGUGGUGGCGAAGCUGCGCGCGGGGGUGGGCCACCGACGCCCGCCUGGCAGCGCGAGCGGCGGCAGCGCGCGCAGCGGGGGCGCGGAGCGAGCAGGGUCGCGCGCGAUCGCCAGCGGCGGCCGCGAGAGCGAGCGGGUCGCGCGCGACGCGGCGGCGGCCCGCGACGCGGCGGCCGCGGCAGAGGACGCACGGGACAGCGCCGUGGCUGACAGCGAGCGUCUGCGUGAGGAGCUGACGUCGCGCGACGCAGAGCGCGAGCGCGCCGAGACGCGGCUCGUCGACGCCGACGCUGCCGCUGUGCGUCUCCAGAGGGCGCUGGACGCGGCGUCGCGGCGCGGCGAGGACGCGCGCACCGAGGCCGGGGAGCUUGCCGACGAGAACAAGCAGCUGCUGAAGCUGGUCGAGUCGCUGAAGGCGCAGACGCGACGGCUGGAGGAGGUUGCGCGCGACAACCAGCAGCUGGAGGAGGAGAGCGCGCGGCUGGAGCGUGAGAGCAAGUCGCACGAGAAGGAGAGCACGCGCCUGCGAGCCACGCUCGAGCUGAAGGAGUCGACGAUCGACGACUGCAACGUGCAGAUCGUCGAGAUGCAGCGCGAGAUGAAGCGGCUCGGACGCGAGCUGGAGCGCAGCAAGGACGCGGUGACGCGCGCACGCGAGCUCGAGAAGGAGAACGGAGACACGCUGCAGCAGCUCGCCUUCGACAAGAAGACGAUGGCUGCACUGCGAGAGGACUUGGUAAAUGAGAAGAUAAAGGCACAGCAGGUGCACAACGAGUUGGAGCAGCUAACGACGGAGCUAGCAAAGAUCGGACUCGAUCGGCAGAAACUAGUCGCCUCCGAACAGACGCAGGAUGAAAACCGGUACAAGGCCUUGGAAUCGAUGAUGGAAGGCACCAUGAAAAAGAGCUUAGAGCUAAAGGAGGAGAAGGUGCGCGCAUUGGAGAGUCGGCUGGAGGAGUCAAUCAGCAGGAACCAGUCACUGAGAGAGGAGGUUCAGGGAAUCAGGUGCAAAUAUGAAGCCAUGCAGCAGAGAAUUGAGGAGGAGAAGAAAGCUGAUAACUCUAGUGGAGUUCUGUGUGGUUUCAGUAUGCCGAGGAGCGAGGACAGCAACAAGACAUCAGCCAGCCUAACGGGAGAGAUCCUGCAGCUCAAGGAUCACCUCAUCCUGGUCGAGAGAACCAAUGCCACUUUACUGGAGGAGAAGAAGAACCUGUGCUUUAGACUGACGAGCGUGGAAGAGCAGGCGAAACUAUCCAACGAUCAGACUAACAACCUGCGAGAACAGAACUCGCAGCUACAGUCUAAUCUUGCUAAGCUACAGGUGGAGAGCACGACACUGCACUCACGCAUCGCCGCGCUCGACACGCAGUGCGACUCGCUGCGGGCGCGGGCGUCGGCGCGCGACGAGGAGCAGGAGCGCACGCUGGGCGAGCGCGAGGACGCGGCGGUGGCGCGCGCGUCCCUGCUCGCCGACCACGAGACACUGCAGCGGCUGCACGAGCAGCUGAGCGGCGAGUACGAGGCUCUGCAGGGGCUGUACGCGACCAGCAAGGGCGCACACAAGCAGCUGAAGUCCGACCACCGCGAGCUGAAGCGAUUCUACGAUGAGCUGGUCAGGGAGAAGGAUGAGGUAGACGAGAUGAAGACCUCUCUGUCCAGUGAGCGGGAAUCUCUCAAGUCCAUGAGCAACCUGCAUCUGGACUAUAGCACUCUGAAGGAGACGCAAACACGGUCCCAGCAUAGCUAUGACAAGCUAAGGGGCGACUACCACAGCCUGCAGUCCGACUACAAAACACUGAAGUCUGAGAACAAUGCACUGAAGCUGCGCUACACAGAGCUGCAGGGAGACAUGGCUGAAUGCAGGGAUCAUGCCAACUCUCUCGACAUCGAGCUUGCCAAGUCUGCGAACCGCUGCGAGAUGCUGCAGCAGAUGAAUGCCACGCUAGAGGAGGAGAACAAGACGCUGAUGAACCACAUCUCUGCAUUGCUCACGCAGAACCAGGACCUGCUAUUUCAGACGCUCGAGAGCAAGGACCAGUUCUACGAGGAACAGCGCGCCUUCUCAGACAAGCUGAAUACGCUAAAGAGGCAGAAGGAGAAGCUGGAAGAGAAGAUUAUAGAUCAGUACAAGAAGAUGGCAUAUGAUGCGUCAGCAUCGCCUAAAAAGAAUACAAAGAAGUUUGGAGGAAUUGUGAGGAAGGCUAGAGGAUUCAUGUCCAGGAAUAACAACCUGGCAAUCUCUGGACCUGUAAAUAUACCCAAGCAGACGCGGGAGGUGCGGGAGGUGUGCGUCGGCAAGCACGGAUCGCCCGAGCUCUCCGACGGACAGGACACGUCUUCGCAGGGAUCUGCCGACCUGAUGCCCGUUGCAGGCUUGAUGUCGGAGCGCUCGGUCGACGACCCGUCCUACGCCGCCGACGUCGUCGUGCUGAGCCGACGCGCAAAGCCGCUGACGUCCGCGCAGCGUGAAGCUCGCAAGUCAUUGCCGCCGGAGCAGACGGAGCCGCCGCAGCAGCCGACAUACAACGUGAAAGAGAGUUUUUCCAGCGAUGACAUACAAUCCGUGUCCUAUCGCUCCCGUUCCCGUGACAACAGUGACUCGUCACGUGAUCUGCGAGUUAUCAGUGUAUACGACAACGUACCACCAGAGGACAUGCCGAACGACGCCGACCAGGAGCCGAGGCGAUCGUCCGCGCAGCCGGCGAUGCGGCCCAGCAACACGUUCAGCACGGGCAGCGAGCUGAGCAGCGUUGCCAAGGCAACGUCGUCGGCGAGUCUGCGCAGCGUCGCCGAGGAGCCGCCGCCGCUCGACGCCGUGCGCACGUCGACGCCGAAGCUGUCGGCCGAGCGUCGGCUGAGGCAGUUGACUGCCGGUCAGCCGGUCACAGGUUACGACAGCGACUCCAAGUAUGGCCGCUCGAGCAGCACGCCGCGUCGCGAGGCGCCGCCGGACGCCGUCAGCGUGGAGCGGCGCCACAAGAACGGCGACAAGUGUUCGAAUCUCGCGCGCGUCGCCGAAAGCAACGGUACGGGCGGCGGCGCCGAGGCGGCGGCCGGCGCAGGAGGAGAAGGAGGAAGCAAGCGCGACGGCGUCUACCUGGAGGAGGGGGAUGCUGAGAGCGGGGAGAAGACGAAGGACGGCAAGCCGCCGAACUCGGUGUGGUACGAGUACGGAUGCGUGUAGUCGGCGAGGCGCGCGGCAGCCGAGAGUCACCGUCUACAGGGCUAGCACAACCAUCGUGUAACCGCACGCUCUCGUUUUCGCUCUCUCUCUCUCUCUCUCUCCCAACGUGUAACCCCACAUAUUGCUGUUCUAUUUAACAACGCGUAAGCCCAACGCACAGCUGCAGUCUUAAUAUUAGUUGUGAUAGAGCGUGCGUGUUUGUAAAACGUUUAACGCGACGCUAGAAGUCGCUGUCGUUGUAGAGAAGUCGGUGGGGGGGGGACGAAGACGAAUUUACAUUCGCUGGGAACGAUCAAAGUAAUGGCUGUAUCUUAGGUAACCGUAUGCUAGCACGUACCACAACGACGCUCAUACUCACUGCUUAGAGAUUCAAGCUGCAGUCGCCGAAAUCGCAGCGUGGUAAUGCGGCAGGUGGAAAUCCACGUACCUGUGCGCGUGUUACUCGUGACGUGUUUACGCUGUUUGUACGCAUCGUAGGUGUACAAAUAUGUAAUUGGUAGAUAUAUGCUAGCGACGUGUCCAUUUGUAUAUGCGUCUUUACGGCGGUUGCACGUAAAGUAAUAUAUGGGCGUAUUUCCACGUAGUAGCCAUAGCAUGUCGUGUAUAUUUGCUUGUACGGUUUGAAACGAACGGCUAUGCUCGAUGUAUAGUGAGGUAGUAUUGCGUGCGUAUAAGUGUGAUUUUAUGCAAUUCUGACGUUUGUAUAAAGGUUUCCCUAUAUGAUUUUUUUAUAUAGCAUUUUGUCUGUGAUUUGCAAAAACAAAAUAAUAUGUUUGUUCUUUUAGUUAAACGUGAGGCAGUUAUGGAAAUGACUGUUGGCAGUCGUGAAAGUUUACACGCAUGAAAUUCUGUACGGUGUUACGUUGGUUAAAAAACUGCAGUCUAGUAGUCACCCCCCCCCCCCUACACGCGCAAUUUGAAUAUACACGUGUAAAAAUACGAAGGCAUUUUUACGAUUUGAUGUACUAUGAAAUCAGUAUUGUCAGUUGAUUUUACGUCGGCAUGGUCACUACUUACCUGUAUGCUGAGCAUGUAAGAAAAAUUUUAGUGAUAUAUAUUUACGCACUUUUAAUACUCUGCACUAGUCUGCUGAGAAGUCCCGCUACUAGUUUUUGAUCUGAACAUGUAAUUCUGUUAGAUAGUCUUAUUAAGGGAAUGAAGGGGGAGCGUCGGAUGAAAUUACAUCAUGCGAGAGAUACGGUGAGUGUUAAUUCGCUAAAUUAUGUACAAGCGCAGAACUAAAUCACAUCUAUGUGUCAUCUCCGAACUGUUUACAUUGAAGUGUUAGUACAAGCAUAAUCACGAUGAUGAUUAAGUUCGAGCCUGAUUACAUACGAGCGCGUUUCAGACACACACGUGUUCGGGUUGCCAUCUGGUUAAACGAGUCUAGGAGAAUUCGUGCGUAUGGCGUGAAUUUUAAAUUCUGUGCAGUUGUAUUUGUUCACACGUUGCGCUUAUAUUACUAUAUAUCAACACAUAUACACUAAUGUAUGCAGUACGUGUAGUAUUGUGUGAUCGUGAUUAAGCCUUGUAGGGGAAAGUCUGUAAGCUAGCUACUUCUACCGAAGCGCUUCUACUUCGUUGGCGAGUAAACAAAUGAGAAAAUGUUCGCUUUUUCUGUACGUGUUUGUGCGUGUAUGUGUGUUUGUAUGUAGAUUAAUAGUGUGGUAACGCUGUUUUGUGCAAGUAAAUAGUGCGCGCUGGUAAUCAUGUAUAGUACGCCCAUUUGUUUCUGGUGAUAACUGGCUGCCUAUAGCUCGAACAUUUGUUUUGCACGGCGCCUUAAUUUUAAAUAUUGUACAUUAUUUCGAUAAUGAUACGACGCGUUUUGCAGCACCUUUGUGAUUUCUUUGUUUUCCAGCGAUGUUUAUUAUGAACAGUGGUGUGCGUGAGAGAUCUCGUAGUCUGCUUGUGUUGCGAGUCUUAUACUGUAUAUUUGUACAGCGUGUCUCCGUGUAAUUAUUGGUGAUAAGCCUUAGUUUAUAGUUUUAACAUCUCGAGUUUUUUUUAAGGAGAUUACAGUUGCGGUAUUUCUUAAAGGCCUCCAUGCAUGCGUUGUUUCGACACGUGCAGCCAUGUUAGAAGAUAUAUGCAAGAUAUGUUCACUACCUAAUUUUGAGUUCGUAUACAGAUGUAUGUCUGUGAGUGAUCUAUCAAGCAGCAGAAGUGUCACAUUGGAUCAUUACUAUUUGCCAGUCUGUUUUAUUUGGAUGCUACCUGUCUCUUCUCUGUUGAAAUGCCUUCAAGAGUUUGGCAGCCGUACUAGAGUACGUAAUCGUCAUUUCAUUUCUUCUAAGAGAAAGGGCAAUUAGUAUAAGAGCCACCCGAAAACAUCCUGCUGGUCGAAAGAUUACAAACCGCUCUACGGACGAAUUGGAAAUAUUAGCUCCCCUUUAUAUUAUAAAAAUUAUUGCAUUUUGCAAAACACUAGUGAAAUUAUAGCGUAAUAGAGUUGGCACGACGCAUAGAGUGCAUGUAGCUGCCACGUUUAUACAGUCAUCCCAACAAUCACACCUAAUUAAGUAUUACCUGUGGUAAGCACAUAAUGUAAUUUACCCAGAUAGAUCUCAUUAAAUAUGGUAAUGAAUUCAU